AUGUUUCACUCGUAUCUUUUCGAAGAUGGGCCACUGGAAGAGCUAUCGCUUCUAAUUGAACGCCUAUUGGUUCUUAUGGCGAGUCGACUGUCAUCAGUUCAGAAUGCAGCGGCUGCAUUGCUGCAUCUCGUUUUGCGCAACGGCUACGAAACAUCGCAAGCUUACCUGGCUGGACAGGCCAUGGCGCAGAGCGUCUCUUCAUCUAAAUCACUUUCCAUGAACAAGGCAUACGUGGAAAGGCUUGGUCGCCCUGGUUGUCAGACAAGCGUUGCUUUGGCUCGAUUGUUAGGUAAGUCUGAAGAAAUGAGGCAACCACGCCAGCUAGUUUCCGCAUUCGCUUACCAAAGGCAGAUAACGGCAAACUCUUUGGUUUCUGUUUUGCGUAUAGUGUUCCUUUUGCCCCCCCCCCCUCCGUUCCUCCAGCUGUAG